CACCACGGUUGGCCUAUUGGUUUGCUUUGACCUGGACGGUGGCCGGCAGAAGACCACGGACUGGAGCAGCAGAGGCAGGGUUUUGCAGUGAAUGGGACGCAGCUGUGUGUUUAGGAGCCAGCGGGCUGUGGGGCUGCAGGGACAUGGCGGCGGCCUCUGCGGUGUCUGUGUUGCUCUUGACCCAGCGAGUCACGAGCUUGCUGCUGCCGCCGAGGGGAUGGGCUUGGAAGCAAAGAACCAUGAAGUAUGGAACAACUACAGGACGAAACAUUACCAAGAUCCUCAUUGCAAACAGAGGAGAAAUUGCUUGCAGGGUGAUACGAACAGCCAGAAAAAUGGGUGUACAGUCUGUGGCUGUUUAUAGUGAGGCCGAUAGGAAUUCUAUGCAUGUAGACAUGGCAGAUGAGGCGUAUUUCAUCGGCCCCGCUCCCUCACAGCAGAGCUACCUUUCUAUGGAGAAAAUCAUUCAAGUGGCCAAGAUCUCCGCUGUGCAGGCUAUCCAUCCAGGAUACGGUUUUCUUUCAGAAAGCAUGGAAUUUGCUGAUAUAUGUAAACAAGAAGGAAUUAUUUUCAUAGGUCCUCCUUCAUCAGCAAUUAGAGACAUGGGUAUAAAGAGCACAUCCAAAUCCAUCAUGGCUGCUGCUGGAGUGCCCAUUGUGGAAGGCUAUCACGGCGAGGACCAGUCAGACCAGUGCCUGAGAGAGCACGCUGGGAGAAUCAGUUACCCUGUCAUGAUUAAAGCUGUUCGUGGUGGAGGAGGAAAAGGUAUGAGGAUCAUUAGAUCUGAAAAAGAAUUUCAAGAGCAGUUGGAAUCAGCUCGGAGAGAAGCUAAGCAGUGUGUCAAUGAUGACGUUAUGAUGAUUGAGAAGUUUGUGGACAUGCCAAGGCAUGUAGAAGUCCAGGUCUUUGGUGACCACCAUGGCAAUGUGGUGUACCUAUUUGAAAGAGACUGUAGUGUGCAGAGGAGAUAUCAGAAGAUCAUUGAGGAGGCUCCAGGGCCUGGUAUUAAACCCGAAGUAAGAAGAAAACUUGGAGAAGCUGCAGUCAGAGCUGCUAAAGCUGUAAAUUAUGUUGGUGCAGGAACUGUGGAGUUUAUUAUGGACUCAAAGCACAAUUUCUACUUCAUGGAGAUGAAUACAAGGCUGCAAGUGGAACAUCCUGUUACUGAGAUGAUCACAGGAACUGAUUUGGUGGAAUGGCAGCUUAGGAUUGCAGCAGGAGAGAAGAUUCCUUUGAGCCAAGAAGAAAUAACUCUGCAGGGCCAUGCCUUUGAAGCCAGAAUAUACGCGGAAGAUCCUAACAAUAACUUCAUGCCAGGGGCUGGACCCCUAGUGCAUCUCUCUACCCCUCAAGCAGACCUUUCCACCAGGAUUGAAACUGGAGUACAGCAAGGAGAUGAAGUUUCAGUGCAUUACGACCCCAUGAUUGCCAAGCUGGUUGUGUGGGCUGCAGAUCGCCAGGCAGCCCUGACCAAACUGAGGUACAGCCUUCGACAUUACAAUAUUGUUGGACUGCACACCAACAUCAACUUCCUCCUCAGCCUGACUGGUCACCCGGAGUUUGAAGCUGGGAAUGUGCACACUGAUUUCAUCCCUCAGCAUCACAAAGAACUGUUGCCCAGUCAGAAGGACACAGCCAAAGAGUUUUUAUGCCAGGCAGCUCUGGGGCUCAUCCUCAAGGAGAAGCCUAUGUCUGAGGCUUUCAGAAUUCAGACACAAGAUCGAUAUUCUCCUUUUGCAUCCAGCAGUGGAAGAAGACUGAAUAUCUUUUACACCAGAAAAAUGACCCUUAAGGAUGGUAAAAAAGAUAUAACCAUAGCUGUAACAUAUAACCGUGAUGGGUCAUACAGCAUGCAGAUUGAAGAUAAGACUUUCCAUGUCCUUGGUGAUCUUUACAGUAAGGGAGACUGUACCUACUUGAAGUCUUCUAUUAAUGGAGUUGCUAGUAAAACUAAGCUAAUUAUCCUGGAAAACACUAUUUACCUAUUUUCCAUGGAUGGAAGUAUUCAGAUUGGCAUUCCAGUCCCCAAAUAUUUGUCUUCAGUGAGCUCAGAAGGAACCCAAGGAAGUGCCAUAGCUCCAAUGACUGGAACCAUUGAAAAGGUGUUUGUCAAAGCUGGAGACAAAGUAAAAGCCGGAGAUUCUCUAAUGGUUAUGAUCGCCAUGAAGAUGGAGCACACUAUAAAGGCUCCAAAGGAUGGCACGAUCAAGAAAGUGUUCUACAAAGAAGGCUCUCAGGCCAACAGACAUGCUCCUGUAGUCGAGUUUCAGGAGGAAGGAUCUGACAAAAAGGAAACCGAAUAAACUCCAUCAAAUAAAUAGUCAGUUAAGAAGCAUCUUAAGUAUAAAAUCUCUACUCCAAAAAGAGAAAGUGCCUUCCUGCUUUUCUUGAGGUCUGAUGACCAGCACUUUUACUAAAUGAUUAUAUAUGAUUGUGCUUAAAACCCUUUCAUAUUUUAGAAUCAUGUACUUGGGUCACGAAUACAGUAAAUUAUCUCAAAAUAUUUCAUAUUAAUAAAAUUAAAUUAUACUUGUUUAUUGGAGGC